AUGACAGACGUAACCCCGCACAAUAGCUAUGCACAUCCAAGAGCUGGGCUCGAGGUCCCGGAACCUCUUCCCAACGCUGCUCAAAUACCGCUGGAGAGCUUCAAACUGCCUACUUUCCCAGCCCAGGCAGCGGCUCUACAAGCUCUGACUCUCACAUCAGACAUCAAACCAACAGACUACUCAGAUCAGCUAGCCACGGCUCUUGAUCCGGAAGCUGUCCCGCCCACUCUUCCCAAGGGCAUCGAAGCACUCACUCUCGAGCUCUUUUCUCUGGGCUUCCCACCUCCUUUCCUAACAACACUGGGCAAAGCCCUGCCUAAACUCAAGACCCUCACGCUCUACAGCCAACUCAUCGAUGGCGUUGGCGACGGCUCCAGGAAAGAUGCGGGUGAGUUCUUCAACGACAUCCUGACGGGAAAGAAAGAGAACGGCGGCGGAUUGCGGGAGUUGCAUCUCCUCGAUGCCUUCUGCAGGAAGGGCUUCAUGGCCGGUCUGGGUGGCAUUCUCGAACAACUCAACGACCCAGAAUCUCAGAGCAAGUAUGGUGUACGAAGCGCGAUGCGCUUCCUUGAAGUAUCUUAUACAUAUCGUGGUCAUGCGGAUGCAAGCUUCUUGGAGCGAAUCCCCGCAGAUGAACUCCCUGCCAUGCUGGUACCGUCUCUGCUAGCUGCGUCGUUCAGUCUGGCUGCGCCUCCGGAACGGCCUGAGGAUUCGUCGUCUGACUUGGUUGAUGAUCCUCUGUAUGUCGAUGAGAAUGGCGUGCCGAUCCCAGGACGUAGACCAGAGGGCGUCGUCCCGUUUAGUCCAGCGAAUGCGGGAACUGCUCUGCUCAUGCGAAAGCUCACGGGUAGUGAAGUCGAUCACGAAGGUCUGGAAAUCAUCCAUAUUCCUGGUACCGGUCCUGGACCGCGAAAUUUGAAAAUGCUCGAUUCUACCCUCUAUACCCUGAACACGGAACAGCUGGCGCAUAUCCUUCGCGCGCAGAAGGAAUUGGCCAUCUUGAGUGCGAGCGUCAUCGUCAGUGCGACAGAAGCUUCUAAGAAGGCUCUUCUGGAUAGUCUCCAUGGAGGUCAAAAUGGAUCGGUUGGAAAGGAUCUCGAGGUUGUUGAGAUCGUGGGUGUUCCGGAUGCAGAAUUCAGUCAGGCGGUCUCCUCCGAUUCCACACAAGCCAACACCGACGAAGUACUCAAACAAAUCUUCCCCUCACAAUCCGACAUGAGCGACCUACUGGCUCAUCUCCCACGUCUUGAGACUUUCAAGAUGACAAUUCUACGAGCAUCCAGCUUCGGUUCUGUCGAAUGGACACGGUCGCCGGAUGGCUCGUGGAAUGGUGGUCUUGUUCAGGGCAAGAAAGAGACAAAGGAUGAAGGAGACAAGGCGGCUGCUAAAGUCUAAGCAGAGGGAUGGAUUGGAUCAUCUUGGUUAGAAUUCGCAAGUUAUGGAUCUUAGGGAUUUUCCGUUAGUUGGUAGAGCAGUCUAGUUUUUGAUGCUUGGAUAGUUCAAUUGCAUUAAACGGUUGAAACAUAAC